AGAGACUUGAGAGAGAGAAAGAGAGAGGGAAAAGGAGAGAGUGAGAAGCCUGGAGCAUGUGUAGAUAUGGUUAGGCUUGUUUAUGUACUGAGACUCUGUCUCCACUGACAACCAGGAGAGUGUUAGAGGAAGAGAGCCAAGGAGACUGAUAGAGACGUAGGGUUAGUGGCUGAAAGACAGAGAGAGACAAAUAGAAAACGAAACAUAGAGAUAAAGAAAGUGAUAAAGAGGGAGAGGAGGGCGCUAUAGAAACACAGGUAUGCUGCAGGGGGUUCUUAUUGCCCUCUUUCGCUUCUUCAGGGGAGGGGGACGGCAGGUGUUCCCGCCGGUGGAGGAGAGAGGGCCAUAUUCAAACUCCGUACAGUAUGCAUUGCUCCAACUGGCCUCAGUCACAGACUCCUCUUCCCUGCAGGAUGCCAUCAGAGAGGCUCUCCAGACUGUCUUUUAUGAAGUGGACAGUGUAUACAUCUAUCUAUUGGAUGCAGAGACAGGACGCUUGUGGUGUGAAGAACCACCCCAUGAGCUACCGAAGGAGGGGAGACUCAGGGAUGUGGUUGUCCAGCAGAGGAGAGUACAGUGUGAAGGACUUCCUUCCUCAGAGCUGCAGGAGCAACAGAGAGAGAGACUAACAGAGCCACUGCAGCAGGACAAAAGAGUGUUGAUCAUUCCAAUCCUGGACCAGGGUGUAACUACCGCCCUCCUCUUGGUUUGCUGUACACAGCCCACUAAAGCUCAGGAACAAAGCCUUGAUGUACUGGAGAGACAUGUCACCAUAGCCUGUAAGAGAGUCCAGGCCCUGCAGGGUCAAAGGCUCACCCAGGGGUUAGAGGUCAACAGGAAAUCAUAUCUAUCCCUGACCAGGAGGACCACACCUGAUGUGGACUACAGUGCACUGGACCAUCAGAUCCUGAGGCUUUGUGGAGAGCUGUAUGACCUGGACGCUGCCACCCUCCAACUAAAAGUAAUCCGUUAUCUGGAGGCGCAGACUCAUUCCUUGUGCUGCUGUUUACUUCUGGUAUCAGAGGAUAACCAACAGCUGUUCUGUCAGGUAGUUGGAGACAAGGUUCUGAAGGCGGAGAUCAGUUUCCCUCUGUCAUUUGGCAACCUUGGUCAGGCUGUGGAGAAGAGGAAGAGCAUCUCUCUGCAAGACGUCACUCAAAAGGAACACCAGCAGCUGAACAGCACUCUGGGAUUUGAAGUUCUCUCCAUGCUGUGUGUUCCUGUUGAGUGUCGGGCCACCACCAAGGUUGUGGCCCUUGCCUGUGCCUUCAACAAAAAAGGAGCAGACAGACACACAGAAGUGGAUGAACACAUAGUGCAGCACUGUUUCUGCUACACUUCCUCAGUACUGACCAGCACAUUGGCAUUCCAAAAGGAACAGAGACUCAAGUAUGAAUGCCAGGCACUGCUUCAGGUCGCCAAAAACCUUUUCACACACCUGGAUGAUGUAUCAGUCCUGCUAAAAGAGAUCAUUGCAGAAGCACGGAGUCUCACCAGUGCAGAAAUUUGUUCUGUGUUCCUGUUGGACAGUGUCAGUCAUGAGCUGGUUGCCAAGGUGUUUGAUGGAGGAGUGGUUAUCAAUGAGGAAACAGAGCUGCGUAUCCCUGCUGACCAGGGCAUAGCAGGCCAUGUCGCCACCACAGGGAAGAUCCUCAACAUCACAGAUGCCUACUCCCACCCUCUCUUCUACCGCGCCGUGGACGACAGCACAGGCUUCAGGACACGCAACAUCCUCUGCUUCCCCAUAAAGGAUGAACACGGAGAAGUGAUUGGCGUGGCUGAGCUGGUCAACAAGACUAAUGGACCAUGGUUCACCCGCCUUGAUGAGGACUUGGCCACAGCCUUCUCCAUAUACUGUGGCAUCAGCAUCGCGCAUUCCCUCCUGUAUAAGAGAGUUGACGAAGCCCAGUUUAGGAGUCAGCUGGCUAAUGAGAUGAUGAAGUACCACAUGAUGGUGUCAGAGGAGGAAGUGACCCGGCUACUGACUGUGGGAAUCCAGCCUGUAGGGGAAAUCUACCCCAGCUUCUCCAGCUUCACCUACACACCUCGCUCCCUGUCAGACGACAGCACACCCACGGCCAUUAUCAGCAUGUUUGAGGACAUGGGCUUCAUAAACACCUACAAGAUCAACAUGCACACGCUGGCCAGGUUCUGUCUGAUGGUGAAGAGAGGCUACAGGGAUCCUCCAUAUCACAACUGGAUGCACGCAUUCUCAGUCUCUCAUUUUUGCUACCUCCUCUGCAAGAACCUGGAGCUCUCCAACUACCUAGAGGACAUCGAGAUGUUUGCUCUUUUUGUGUCCUGCAUGUGUCAUGACUUGGACCACAGAGGGACCAACAACUCCUUCCAGGUGGCAUCUAAAUCUGUGUUGGCUGGCCUGUAUAGUUCUGAGGGAUCUGUGCUGGAGAGGCAUCACUUUGCUCAGACGAUUGCCAUACUCAACACCCAGGGCUGCAACAUAUAUGAAAAGUUAUCUAGAAAGGACUACCAGAGGAUGCUUGACCUGAUGAGGGACAUCAUCCUAGCCACAGACUUGGCUCAUCACCUACGGAUCCUGAAGGAUCUGCAGAAAAUGGCAGAUGUGGGCUACAACACCAAAGACCCUCAGCACCAUAACCUGCUACUGUGCCUGAUCAUGACCUCCUGUGACCUCUCUGACCAGACCAAGGACUGGAAGACCACCUGGAAGAUCGCAGGACUUAUUUACAAGGAAUUCUUUUCUCAAGGAGAUCUGGAGAAGGCUAUGGGGAACCGUCCCAGUGAGAUGAUGGACAGGGAGAAGGCCUACAUCCCAGAGCUGCAGACAAGCUUCAUGGAGCACAUAGCCAUGCCCAUCUAUAAACUCCUCCAGGACCUGUUCCCCAGGUCGGCAGAGCUGUAUGAAACCGUGGCUAGCAACAGAGAACAGUGGGGUAGGGUCUCUCACAAGCUCAACAUUAAGCGGUGGCCUGGCAACGAUUCUCUGGACUACCUAGAUGCAGAGUUUGAGCAGCUACAGGUUGAGCAGAACGGACAGAUGGAACAGGAAGGACAGGACAGACAGACAGGGCAGGAAAUGGACGAUGAGACCAAUGGUAGCCCUCCAGCCCAGCCCUAGGCCACAGCAAGACAACCAAGAGUCAUGGAGAACUAACACCUACAUCAAAGUGAUUUUGAUUUUAUAUUCUGUCAUACCCAAAAUGGAUUGUGGCUCAAUCAUUAUUUUAUUACCUCCCCCUGCAAAGACACCUAUUUUACAGGAUGUAGUGCACAACAAUCUAAAUGAUAAUUCUCUCACAUUGCAGCUGGUGUGGAACACCAUGCAGACAGCAAGGGGGACACAGAAAAUGAUUGAUUACAUAGAUUUGGAGAGAGGAAUAUUACAAUGGCUAUAAACUCAUUUUACAAAAUUAUAUUUUUUAUUUUGCCUUGAGUUUCUCACAAUGAUACUUGAAGUUUGUGUGAAUCUUUAAAGGCAGAUAUGGAGAGUUAUCAGGUAGAACCAUGUACAUUGUAAACGGGGGUGAACAUAGAUUAACAUUUUUACCUACCGGUAUGGGACACCCAGGUGCGAGCAGGCAUUUAAAGAAGAAAAUCAUACAUAAAGUACAGGGUAGCCUACUCUGCUAACACUGACAAACAGAUCAAUAAAAACUAAAAGUGGCACUGGCCCAUUGACAAAUACAGUGAAUAUGCUCACACCGUGGAUAUGGCCGAUGUUCUCCACUGGUGCCAAUAAGGUAACUUAAUUGAGCGAACAGUAGCAUAAUAAUUUUGUGAUAAUUAAAAGACAGAUAUUUUCAUCCUCAUCUCUUUACAGCAAUAGCCAUUUGCUUUCCAAACAGUUUUUCCGCGAUUGUAUUUUUAAAUAUAGCGAUAUGCCUGGCUGGGUCUCUGCUUUUCACUGACAGUAGUAACUCAAUCAUGUAUUUGCAGCCUGCACUGUCCAAAUGUCGGACCCUUCCGAAUGUAGGCGAUGCGAUUGAAAACAAUCCACAGAUUUUUUUAUAUUUUUUACUAAUAAUCCUGUGGCCAAAUCAUGCUUUCUGGUGUAAUAGCCUAUUUUCAAUGAUUUUAUUUAUGUAUUGACAGGAGUAUGCUAAUUAGGCCAUAUACUUUCGGCAAUUUAAUUCAUUUUACUCCAGAGAAAGCUUCCCCUAGCCUUAUGGCACGGCCGCCUAUGCCGUUUAAUGUGGCAUGAACACAACCAGUCAUGAUGUUUUCAUGUGAUUGUCAAACAAUCGCUUAACAAAUACGCUCCUUGUAGGCUACCCACGCAUAUACGUCCACUCACAAAAUAAUUUCGGCAUCCAAACCCCAACAAUUUGAUGUGGCUGACAUGCAGUAAUGAUAAAUACUUCUGUAGUAGCAAAUUGUUUUUUGGGCAUGUUGUAUUAAUUGUGAUAGGCUCACGUUUUACCGGUAAGCACACCCCCACUAUUUAUUUUGCCGGGAUGCCAUAACGGACCAUAUUUUCAAUCCGUUUGUAAACAGAAUGUAACAAGCUUGCCUUACCUUGUUGGGUUGCCUUCAACAUGAGACACUGCUCGAUUGUUAAUAUAUAUACUUUGUGGUAUUGUGUGUAUAUAUAUAACAAUGUUGGUGAUUGGAAUGUAUAAUGUAGGCCUACUGUAUAUUUUUUUAAAGUUAUAAAUUCACUAGUUUAUAGCACACAUUUUUCAUAACAUGUUUCUUCUCCCCUGUAUCCCCUCCAAACACUGUUUUCAGAGUUUGUGUAAAUCUGGUCUGAUUUGGACAUUGCUUUUUGAAUGUGUGACAUGUAGAAAUGGCAUGGGGUCGAUAUGCAUUUUUGUUUUUGUAACAUCCAACUAUAUUAAGUUCUUAUGUUGAUGUGUCUGUUUGCCUUUUUCAAUUUCCAAAUACCAAAAAUAGAUAAUUCUGUGAAUUCUUGAAUCUACAUGUUAACAUGAUGCACUGGAUAUUUAUAUUAGUUCCUAAUAUCUGUGCACAAAUAAAAUGUUUUGCACACAA